AUGCCGAGCGACGGCGAUCUCGCGAACGAUGAGAACGCCGACGCGGUCGCGCCGAAGAAACGCGCCGAAGCGAUCGCGAACGAUGACGGUGACGCGUUGAAUCCGUUGGUGCCGCUGCGCGCGCUCGACGAUGAGACGCUCGCGAGCGCGCGCGCGACGCGGGAGAGCGACGCGGACGCGCGGACGACGGUGGAGGAUGACGUGCGCGCGGAGGAGUUCGCGUUCGCGGAGGCGCUGAUGCGGGUGAAACGGGAAGGCGCGGGCGCGGGGGGGGCGGCGGCGAUGUUCGAAGACGCGUGUCGGUUGCGAGCGCGGGAACUGCGGACGCGAGCGGAGGCGCGAAGACGGCGAGCGCCGAGCGUGGCGAAGCGUGAGGUGGGCGAGGCCGAGGCGCUGGAGCGGGAGGCGCACUCGUGGUCGUUGAUUUAUCACUUGCUCGGCGACGGGGCGACGGUGGAGCGGGAGAGCGCGGAAAAGGAAACUGAAGUGCUGCGCGCGACGCCGAGGGAGGAGGGCGGGACGAGAGGAGACUUUCUUCCGCCGCCGCUUCGCAGUCGACUGCGAUGCGCGUCUCGAGACGAAGAGCGAGAUCCGGUGACGUUUAGAUUGAAUAGAAUAAUCGCGUGGUUGGAGGCCAACUCGGCUUCAGCGCUUCGCAGAGCGGAGCUGGAUGGCACGGCGUACGAUGGAAGGUUUUUGCGAGAUGAGUGCGAUUGGCGCGCAACCGCGGAUGCCAUCGACGCGUCGGCUAAGUGUGAUCCGGAUGGUAAUCCGCUGUCGACGUCGCUGGACCCGGACGGGCCCAUGCGCACGAAAUCGGCGCUGCACCCGUCCAACGCGGACGCGGAGGUUCGAUUGUGUAAACGGUUGUGGAAGCUCAUUCGCGCUGGGAGCGUGCAAGAGGCGCGCGAUUUGUGCUCCAAAGUCGGUCAGCACUGGCGCGCCGCCUCGCUUGGCGGUGCCUCGGGCUGGGGACCGGCUCCAGUCGGCAGCACUGCUGACGAAGAGCUCGAGCGAGACAUUCGUAAGCUCUUGGCGCUUCGCGACGAGGACGCGCUCGCGGCACAAAAUGAAGUUGACCUCAACGACGAUGCUACUGCGGCCGAGUGCGACGGUAUCGGCACUGCGCGUCGCGCGCUGUGGAAAUGGACCUGCAUGGUAGCCGCACGUCACAUCGACAAAGCCGGCAAGCUUUCGCAAACGCCCGCGGCCAAGUAUGAGGCGAGUGUGUACGGGGCGCUAUGCGGUGAUUUACAAACGAUGCUCGCCGUUUGCGAGGGUGAUUGGGAGUCCACGGCGUGGGCUUACACCCGAGCGCUGUUCGAUCUUCGGGUCGAUGCCGUCGUGAACACGGGCAAGGUGCUCGACGACGUGUCAAACUUUGAACCUGGCGAAGUCGUGCGAGAUCCGACUGAGCUAGAGACGACGGAUGACGCUGUGGAUCGUUUGGGCGAACCACGAUGGCCAACGCGAGACGUCAUCAACGCGACGCCAAAGACAGUGGAAGAAAUUUUGCUAGUCAAGAUGCCCGAACGUUUUCCCGACGCCGACGCGCAUCGAACGGUGCAGACGCACUUGAUUCUCGGUAAGAUGAAGGAGUUAUUGUUGGACCAUAUGAUGCGAUGGAUCUUCCCUGAGGACGAGCUUGAUUCAAAUGUCGAACGUGUAAGUUCCGAGCCGCUCGACAUUGGUCUCACCCGCUUUACCGCGCAUGCGCUACUGUUUUUAGAGUCGUUGUUGCCGGAAGGUGGUGGAUUAUCUCCCGGAGGCGAGCUUUACUUUCACUUGAAUAAGGUGCUCAACUUGUACGUUGUGCACUUGAUCGCAAACAAGCGUUACGCGUUGGUGCCAGCGUACGUGGUGCACUUGAGACACCCUCUGUUGAUUGAAACGUACGCCAAUUUCUUGGAUCUCCUGGCGCCCGCCGUGCUUUCUCGCAAGACGCUGUGUUACGCCGAGGCGGCGCUUUGGAUGGAAAUAGAGGGCCCGGGCGGGUGGCGAGAAAUCGUCACGAGAGCCUUAAGCGACUCCACGAGUCUCGUGAACGUUCACCGAGGACCCGAGUAUCGACGUUUGAUGCUCCAGUGGGCGUGCGUUACGAGUGAGACGUACCCAGAAGCGGUGAAACACGCGUGUUUGCUGCUCCGCCAACUCAUGUGCCAGCGAACGUCGAUCGAGGUCUUUGCGAAUGACGCCCCAGUGGAUGGUGAACUCCGUGCUCGCGUCAUCCUACUCGAGGAGCUUCCAGAAGUCGCGCAAGAGGAAGCGAGAGCGAACGGAGCCGCGGCCGCUGCGGCUGAACUUGCCGACUGGGCGAGAUACCUCGCCGCCACGGAGGCUAUUUCGCAAUGGAAGCAAGUCUGGAGCGUGAACGAAUCGAGACGACUAGACGUAGCGGCACAAAACACUCGCCCGUACGCUCCAAAUUCAGCGGGGGAAGUGACUGAAGACGAGCUGGCGAAGGCACGCGACGCCAUCGACGCCGUCGUGGCGCUUCUUCGGUCGGAGAAUUGGCUCGACGACGAAGCGUUGUACGACGACAUGGAACAAACGGGCGACGCGACGCUACGGGUUGUCGCGAUUCCCGUCGCCAAAGCUUUCGACGACCCAUUGACUUCGGCGAAUAUGAGUAUUGAGCAAAUCGCCCGAGAUCUCGAGACGUUGCUUGGCUCAAAGUUCGCUCAAGGCGUCGUUGAGGUGAGCGCGACUGUAGGCGUCACGCCCGGCGAGUGUCCUGCGCGCGUGGAAGGUGAGUACGGUCAAGUCGUCGUGCAGAUCUCCACCGAAUGCAACGAUGAAGAUCGAGCGUCGCUAUACCAAGACGUCUCGCUGGCGAUGGCCGACUGCGUCAAGGGUGAUCUCCCAGGACAAGAAGUCACGCUCGACGUACAAUCAGUCGGUGGCAGUAGCGAGACGUUGGUACAUGCGUUAUGUCGGGCAAUCUGCGUGCCUUCGCUCGUGAUCCAAGCGGCGCAAGUCGAAGCCGCCACGCGCACUGGAACGACACAAAUAAUUGAAAUGACCGCCGACCCGAAGUUUGGUGUGCACAAGUAUUUCGCCCCGACGGAACUCCGAUGGUUGUUGGAACUCGGACGCGAGAUCGGUUUGACAAUUUUGGACAAAUAG